AUCAUUGAAAUCUCUACGAAGUAAUGAUAAUGUGAAACAAGAUAUGAUGAUGUUAGCCAAAUCACAAAAACAACGAUAUACAUUAUCUGUCCAUAUGGUCAAAAUGACCAUUGAUGGUUGGUUCUAUGAACCAAUGAUCAAUAAUUAUCAGGAUGUAAAACGAAUGCCACGAAUACGAAGACAUUUAUCGAAACAAAAUUUUAAUCCAACAUUCAUAUGUAAUCGUAUGAUUGAUGCAAUACGUUUAUUUGCAUAUAGAAAUGGUAUUGUUUAUACUGGAAUUAAUGAAAACGACGAAAGUGUUGACAAUAAACAUCAUCAUCAUCAUAUUCAUCGACAGCAGCAACAACGAAAUCAAAAAGAAAUAGAAAAUAGCAAAAGUAGUAGUGGCAAUUUUAACAGCUUAAUAUGGCAACCAAAUUCAAGAGAUUGUAUUGAAUUAAUCAUACAGAUUUGUCAUAAAAUGAUUGAUUUAUUUAAACGUGAAAAUAAUCAAGCCAUUAUAAAUGUAUCGACACCUUGUUAUGUAAUCGGUGAUUUACAUGGUAAUCUACAUGAUCUAUUGGUCUAUGAUCAUACAAUUAUCAAUCACCGUGGUUAUGAAUCAUAUUUAUCUACGGCAAAUUAUCUAUUUCUUGGUGAUUAUGUUGAUCGUGGUGAUUAUUCAAUUGAAUGUAUUUUAUAUUUAUUUUGUCAAAAAAUUCUAACACCACAUCGUAUACAUAUGUUACGUGGUAAUCAUGAAUGUCGUUCAUUGCAGAAAGAAUUUACAUUUUUUGAUGAAUGUAAAAUAAAAUUUGGCGAUAAAUAUGCAGAAAAAUUAUGGAAUUUAAUGAAUAAUGUAUUUGAUGUUAUGCCAUUGGUGGCAAUUAUUGAUGAUUCAAUAUUCUGUGCACAUGGUGGAAUUCCAUCAUGUGUAGAAAAAUUGGAACAAAUUGCAGCAAUAAAAUUACCAAUGAAAGAACCUGAACAAGAAUCCAAUAUUGCACAUGAAAUACUAUGGAAUGAUCCGGUUUCUGAUCAAGAAUAUCGUGAUUUAUUACAAAAUACACGUUCAAUGACAACAAUGAUGGCUGUUUUAAAUUAUAAUAAUCCAAAUGGUAUUAAUGAUAAUUUAAAUGAUGGUAUCAACAAGAAUAAAAUGAACACAGAACAUCAUCAUGAUAAUAAAGAUGUUAAAUGCAAACAACAACAACCGAAUCCAUUACAUAUAAGACUUAAAAGUGGUUUUCUACCAAAUACAAAACGUGGUACAGCAUGUUAUUAUAGUGAACAAGCGUUGACAAAAUUUUUAGAUGAUAAUCAUCUUAGCCAUCUGAUUCGUGCACAUGAAGUAAUACCACCUGGUUAUCAAUAUCAUAUGGGCGGACGUUGUUUAACAAUAUUUAGCUGUUCAAAUUAUUGUGGCGGUAUUAAUGAAGCGGCCGUAUGUCUUGUGAAUGAUCAGAAAAUUCGUGUUAUUAAAAUUGAUACAAAUACUACGAAUACAACGGCAACAUCGAUGAUAAAAAUGGCUAGAAAAACAUUGCCACCACGACCAAACAAUGAUGAAGAAGAUGACGAAGAUAACGAUGAUGAUAAUGAUUGAUGGAUAUUGGGUGAAAAUUUGACAAAUUUUAUUGAAUGAAAAAAAAAAAAGUAAUAAUCGAAAAAUACUGAAUAUAUACGGGCGGGCAAACACCACACUAGCCGCUCACACACAUACAAACAACACAGAA